AAAUGAAAAAAAUUCAAGACAUUUCCGUUUUCGCUUUUGACUAAUGUUUCGUCUAAAGGCCAAUAAAGGGGCAUCAUCACAACAAUGUCAUCGGCACUAAGCAACUGAGACAACCUGGAAUAUAGCUGAUGUUGUGCGAAGAAGUGAGCAGAAAGUAUGAGAACUCAUAAAGAACUUUACAACACGCUACUAAAUGCAACAGCAUUCGCAGGUAACAAACAAUGGGAUAUCUUCUUUGAAAUCAUAAAAUCAGAAAACUAUACUCCAAGUAAAGAUGUGAAAGAAGACAUUGACAUCACCCAUCGUGUCCUGAAAAAUGCAGCAAUUCACGCAUCAACAGAAAUCAUAGAAAGGCUUUUCAAACUUGGAUUUGAUCCUAAGGUAAAGUCUAAAGAUGGACACUGCCCAAGUUAUGUUUUGGAGGGUAUCUAUAAUAACAAUGAAGAUGUUGUGUGGGUGUUUAUUAAACAUGGGGCUGAUGUUAAUCAAGUAGACUCUCUUGGAUGCACUGCCCUACAGUAUGCAGUGACGCAUAUUCAUCACAAAAAUACAGUAAAGAAGUUACUUGAUUUUGGUGCAAAUCCAAAUGUGAGGGAUUUGAGUAGUGGUGUUUACCCCAUACAUAAUGCCUCAAGAUAUCAUUUCCCCGAUGUGUUUGUAAAGCUAGUACAACAUGGGGCAAGUUUGGAUGUAACGGAUAAUGAUGGAAUAACACCAUUAAUGUACUUUGCAUCACAAUUACCAACAUUUGAUAAAGAAUCAAGUAUGAAAAUAGCAGAUGAAAUAAUAAAAAGAGGAUGUGAUGUUAACCAGAAAAGUAAGUCGGAAAAAACGGCACUUCAUUUCGCGGCAAGCAUGGGCUUCAUUGAUUGUGUGAAAUUUCUCUUAAAGCAUGAUGCUCUAAUUGACCUUCAGGAUUCAUCGGGAAAUACAGCUUUAAUUAACGCAACAUUAGAAUGCCACAUGGACAUUGUAAAAUUGCUUCUACAACAUGGUGCUAAUCCUGAUAUCCUAAAUGGUGAACAAAAGACAGCACUAAUGGUCGCAAUCUGCACAUUUAAAUCCUGGCACCAUUCACCGUAUGCAAUGCUAUUAGACCUCAUCAAAGGUAAUGCUGAUGUAAAUGUCAAUGCCAAAAAUUGUCUGUGGCCUGAUCCAGACCCACAUCUUCCACUAGAGGUCGCUGUAAAGAUUAACCUCCCAGAUGUUGCUAGGUUGCUUAUAGAGGGGGGUUGUGAUUUGAAUGUUGCAAGUAACUGGCUAGACUCUGCUACACCUAAACGAUUCAUACCAAAGUUGUUGAUUAACGAUGUAGAAUUGUUUACAGUACUAAAACAGUAUUACCAUACACCAAGAUCCCUUGCAGAUAUAACACGUCUUAAAAUACGACAGUUUCUCGGAUACAAAACAAAGUCAAAAAUAAGUCAACUACCAUUACCACAUCCUUUGUUAGAGUUUCUCAACUUUGAUGAGUUGGAUGAACUGACAGAUAUGCUACUUGAGAAAUAUCACAACACUGCGAAAAAACAUUGUUGAUGUGGGAUAUUGUAGUUUUUUAAAUUUAUUUUCAUCUGAUCACAUGUUUAUGAGAGGUCAAUGAGAUAUUAUAUAAUGGAAGUCAGGCCUUUUUGUAUGCUUUUAUUAUUAAUUGUAUUGUGAGCCUGCAUUUAUUGUAAACCAGCUUUUAUCGUGAACCAGCUUUUUAUUGUGAACCAACAUUUAUUAUCCAUUGAACAUAGUUCAGGGGGAUACAGAGAAUGCCUUCAAUGCCCUCCAUAC